UCCCUCCCCACCGCAUCGGUCUCUCCUCUUGAGUGUAAGCAUCCAAAUCAAAGAAAACCCACGUAACGCCGUUAUACUUGAAAAUCAAGUUUUUAUAGUUAAUCAGUACGGGUUUAUUUUCGAGAUUGAUAAUGGAGGUCGAAGUAAAGCUCCGAUUGCCAAACAAAUCCUCCCACCAGAAGCUCCUAUCUUUACUCUCUCCAUUUCACAUCGCCACUCACCACCAACACAACACUUUCUUCGAUGGAUCAGCCUCCGAGCUGAGCUCGCAGCGGGCCGUGCUUCGUCUCCGCUUCCACGAGGAAACCCACCUUCCCAAAUGUUUCGUUUGCCUUAAGGCCAAAGCCGUCCUCGCUAAUGGCGUCAGCCGUGUCGAGGAAGACGAGGAGGAGGUGGACUCUGCAAUCGGGAAGGCGUGUUUUGAGGACCCCCAAAAACUAAUGGACGUGGAUUCAAGGGUUUUGAGGAGGGUAAAGGAGGAAUUUGGGGUCAAGGGAUUUGUGGGGUUAGGAGGGUUUAGGAAUGUUAGGAGUGUGUGUGAAUGGAAUGGGGUGAAAUUGGAGGUGGAUGAGGUUAAAUACGACUUUGGGGAUAUGUAUGAGGUUGAGUGCGAGAGCAUAGAACCUGAGAGAAUCAAGGGGAUGAUCGAAGAAUACUUCAAGGAAAAUGGAAUUGAGUACUCUGAUUCUGUUAUGUCCAAGUUUGCCAUUUUCCGUGCUGGAAAGUUGCCUUCUUAGCUAUGUGCCUGGAUGAUAAUGAUUAGUAGCAUACGUUAAGGAGCAGAGUGAAGCAAAGAAUUUAUCCAUGUUUGCAGCUGCUUUAGCCACUUGCCGAAAAUGGUCUUCUUAUGGUUAUUAUAUGCUGCUGUGGAUGGCCAAGAGAGGGAACCUUAUAUUUUGUAGUUUCUCUGUUUCUAUCAUUUCUUCUGAAGAACUUCUGGAAAUGCCCCAGUUUCUUUCAUUCCAGGGUGGAGGUUUAAUAAUUUCUCAUAUUGAAAUUGUGGAAUGUCAGAGUUGUUACUUGGUUCAGUAGUAUCAAAUGAAACUUCUCUGUUUUGCAUUUUGAUUGAUUCCUGGUUGAGUUAUGUUGUAGUGCUAUCCUUGUUGGGCUUUUGUCUUGCGAGAACUCUGAUUGCUUCUCUAGAGGUGAUUCUUAUGUAGGAAUGGAGUGAGAAUAGAACGGCCAUUCUCAAAUAUAUUCCUACAUCUAUGAUUGGUAUAGAAUGACGGAUCUUAGCUUCUCA